GACAGCGGCUGAUGACGUUUAAUGUAUGCGCCGCUCUGUACAGUCGCUGAAGAGAUCUUUUUAGCUACAUGGUUAACACACAACAAUAAGUCACCAUGGUGAUGAAGUCAGCAAUUGAGGAUGAUGAUGCCGGCUGGGGGCUCGGCAUCCCAGAAAAGAUGAAGAACAAUGCCAACUGGGUGGAUAUUACACAUGAAUUCAAGGGCGCAUGUAAAGAGUUGAACCUUGGAGAGUUGCUUCAUGACAAACUGUUUGGCCUUUUUGAGGCCAUGUCAGCCAUAGAGAUGAUGGAUCCUAAGAUGGACGCAGGAAUGAUUGGAAACCAGGUCAACAGGAAAGUGCUCAACUUCGAACAAGCUAUCAAGGAAGGAGCCAUUAAGGUGAAAGACCUUAGUCUUCCUGAACUCAUCGGGAUCAUAGACACAUCUUUCUGCUGUUUGAUCACAUGGCUGGAGGGCCACUCACUGGCGCAGACUGUGUUCACCUGUCUGUACGUCCAUAACCCCGACCUGAUCGAGGAGCCCGCCCUCAAAGCCUUCGCCCUGGGCAUCCUGAAGGUGUGUGACAUCGCCCGAGAGAAGGUCAACAAGGCUGCUGUGUUCGAGGAGGAGGAUUUCCAGGCCAUGACCUAUGGUUUCAAGAUGGCCAAUAAUGUCACAGACCUGCGGGUGACAGGUAUGCUGAAAGAUGUGGAGGAUGAGUUACAGAGGAAAGUUAAGAGCACACGCACCCGUCAGGGUGAGCAGCGGGACCCUGAGGUUGAGCGAGAGCAUCAACAGUAUUUGGCCCUUUUCAAUAGAAUCAAGUUUACACGCCUUCUACUGACUGCACUCAUCACCUUUACCAAGAAAGAGACCAGUUCGGUAGGCGAGGCCCAGAAGCUUGUGGUUCAGGCAGCUGACCUCUUAUCAGCCAUUCAUUGCAGUAUUCAGCACGGUAUCCAGUCCCAGAAUGACACUACCAAAGGAGACCACCCCAUCAUGAUGGGUUUUGAGCCCCUGGUCAACCAGAGACUGCUCCCGCCUACCUUUCCUCGCUACGCCAAGAUCAUCAAGAGGGAGGACAUGGUGGCGUACUUCAGCAAACUCAUAGACCGUAUCAAGACCGUGUGUGACGUGAUCAGCACCACCAACCUGCACGGCAUAUUGGACUUCUUCUGUGAGUUCAGUGAGCAGUCUCCCUGUGUGCUCUCCAGGUCUCUACUCCAGACAACGUUCCUGAUUGAUAAUAAGAAAGUAUUUGGGACGCACCUGAUGCAGGAUAUGAUUAAAGAUGCUCUGAGAUACUUCGUCAGCCCUCCUGUCCUCUCCUACAAGUGUUGUCUGUUUAACAACCACCAGGCAAAGGAUUACAUCGACUCCUUUGUAACGCACUGCUCCAGGCCGUUCUGCAGUCUGAUCCAGAUCCACGGCCACAACCGCGCCCGACAGAGAGAUAAGCUGGGCCACAUUCUGGAGGAGUUUGCUACUCUGCAGGACGAGGCAGAGAAAGUGGAUGCAGCGCUGCACAGCUUGCUGAUGAAGCUGGAGCCCCAGCGGCAGCAUCUAGCCUGUCUGGGUACCUGGAUCCUCUACCACAAUCUGAGGAUCAUGGUCCAAUACCUGCUCAGCGGCUUUGAACUGGAGCUGUACAGCAUGCAUGAGUACUACUACAUCUACUGGUACCUGUCUGAGUUCCUUUACGCGUGGCUGAUGUCCACUCUGAGCAGAGCGGACUCCUCUCAGAUGGCUGAGGAGAGGCUUUUAGAGGAGCAGGUGAAGGGACGCAGCAGCAAAAAGAUCAAGAAGAAGAAAAAAGUCUUGUUUUCCUCUGCAGUUCGCCCUCUGAGCAAAGAGAUCACCAUGAGCCAAGCGUACCAGAACAUGUGUGCUGGCAUGUAUAAGACCAUGGUAGCUCUGGAUAUGGACGGGAAGGUUCAAAAGCCUCAGUUCGAGCUGGACAGCGAGCAGGUUCGCUACGAGCAUCGCUUCGCCCCCUUCAACAGCGUGGUCACCCCCCCACCUGUGCACUACAUCCAGUUUAAGGAGAUGUCUGAUCUCAAGAAGUACAAUCCUCCGCCUGGCUCCACGGACCUUUACAUGGCCGCCAGCAAACACUUCCAGCAGGCCAAGCUCAUCCUAGAAAAUGUGCCCAGCCCAGACCCUGAGGUGAUCCGAAUACUGAAGGUGGCCAAACCCAACAUUGUAGUUACGAAGCUCCUGGCUGGGGGGCACAAGAAGGACGCCAAGGUGCUCCCAGAAUUUGACUUCUCUGCCCACAAAUACUUUCCUGUGGUCAAGAUCAUCUGAUUCUGCACUACGGGAUGAAUAUGAAGAGCGUCACCUUAAAGAUCAUCAGCCACAAAGACUGAACCCUCACCUGUAUGUGUGAAAAAGCCCUGCUCCAGUCCAUGUCUGAACAAUGUGUGUGUGUGUGAUACACCCUACUGUAAAACUGUGAUGGAGUGUUCGAUACACCCGAUUCUUUUUUUUCACACGAAUGAGAGAUGAAACCAGAACAGAGAAAAAUCACAACUGGACUGAAAUGACUGCAUCAUCUUUUUCUAUGCUGCCUCCAUAACAGUUUUGUGAAGUGCACAUCAUUGGAUCGCAUGAACCCUUCCUAUGUAUUUAUGUGCUUAUCUGAAUGAAAUGGUUGAGUGUGAAAGGACUACCGUAUCCUGUUUUCUUUUGUACCACGCUCGCUACAUGCAAGUACUAGAUAGGCAUCAGUUCAAAUUGUAAAACAGACAGGAGAUACAGCAGAGAAGAACCCCUCAAAAUUGUUAUAAUUGUGUCAAGCAUAGUAACGUUGCAACACACAAAAGAUCUGAAUAUCACGUUUACAGUAACGGGAGACCAUAUUUUUGGGGAAUAUUGAAAUAUGUCCUAUGUCAAAACCUAAUUUCCCUAUUUCUGUGUUUUUAGUUUUCAUCUUAGAAAAUCCAACAUAUCUUUCUAAUUCAGACAUUACAUUUAUUAUAUUAAUUAAAGGGAACAUUAACAAACACAAACAUUUGAAGACCCUGCCAAAAUAUAUGGUCCAAAAAUAAUAAUGAUUUGCUUAUCUCUCUUUGGCAACAGUUUUUUUUUUCUAUACGAGAACCACUAGCCUCAUUAUUUAGUUGUGAAAACUGUAGUGUUUACUGAUGCAUUUUUGGUAUUACUGCCAUGUACACAGGUUAAGUAUACAUGUGAUUGAACUUUUUUAUGUUCAUAUUACAAAUAUGCUUACAAUAAAUCCCUCUUAAAACCA